CCCUCAUAAAGCGCAUGCGCAGUCACCCUUUCCAGAGAAGUCGGCUGAAAAGUUAGCAGGAGGUAAAAAGAAAAGUUUUGCGAGACAGCAUGUCGGGGACCGCGAACGUGUCGGCUAUGAGGAAGAUGGUGUCGCAGCUGCGGCUGGAGGCCAGCAUCAACAGGGUGAAGGUCUCUCAGGCGGCCGCUGACCUGAAGCAGUUCUGUAUGCAAAAUGCACAACACGAUCCCUUACUAACUGGAAUUUCCUCAAGCACAAAUCCUUUCCGACCCCCGAAAGUUUGCUCUUUCCUGUAAAUUGUAUUUUCGCUCUAUGAUUAACUUUAGCUGGAUCGCAUUUUGUCAGGAGUGGCUUGGUUUGACCCUGUACAAGACUUCACCCCCGGGACGUGCCAAGUUUCCCCCCAAUCCAUGUACAAUCUAUUGUCAGACCUGUUUAACAUCUACCUCUCCGCUUUGUGCUAUUUGCCGUAAUGUGCAUUUCUUGUCUUUAAAAAGAUAUUGAUUUUUAUACACUGGUGACUAACCACAAUAAAUUUCAUUUUAAUACUGAAAAAAAAAAAAA